AUUCGCCACACACGCUCCGUGGUGAUCAGACGCAUUACUAAUCAUGCAGCUGCUCAUAACGUUUGCCGGCCUGUUGGCCUUGGCCUUCGCCAACACACCAGCGCCCACCGGCAAAGUCGUCUGCUACUACGACAGCAAGAGCUAUGUCAGAGAAUCUCAAGCUCGUAUGCUGCCUUUGGACUUGGAUCCUGCGUUGUCAUUCUGCACACACUUGGUUUACGGAUAUGCCGGAAUCCAACCUGACACCUACAAGAUGAUACCCCUCAAUGAGAACUUGGACGUAGAUCGCUCGCACGCUAAUUAUCGUGCGAUAACCAACUUUAAGACCAAGUAUCCAGCUCUUAAAGUCCUCCUAUCUGUAGGAGGAGACGCCGACACGGAAGAUCAACAGAAAUACAAUCUUUUGCUCGAAUCGCCGCAAGCUCGUACUGCCUUCGUAAACUCUGGUGUCCUGCUCGCGGAUCAACAUGGUUUCGAUGGCAUUGACUUGGCAUGGCAAUUCCCUAGAGUUAAACCAAAGAAGAUUCGUUCCACUUGGGGGUCUAUCUGGCAUGGUAUCAAGAAGACUUUCGGCACCACACCAGUUGAUGAAAAAGAAGCAGAACAUAGAGAGGGAUUCACUGCUUUAGUUCGUGAGAUGAAACAGGCCCUUAACGUCAAGCCUAAUAGGCAACUGUCUAUUACGGUCCUGCCUAACGUUAAUUCUUCUGUUUACUUCGACGUGCCAUCCAUCAUCAAUUUGGUAGACUUCGUGAACAUUGACGCGUACGACUACUUCACCCCCGAGCGUAACCCUAAAGAGGCUGACUACACUAGUCCAUUGUAUACGCCGCAGAACCGUAAUCCUCUGCAAAAUGCUGACGCAGAAGUUAGCUAUUGGAAACAACACGGAGCACCCACGACUAAACUAGUGUUGGGCAUCGCGACAUUUGCACGCACCUGGAAGCUGGACUCGGACAGCGAAAUCUCGGGAGUCCCUCCAAUCCACACCGACGGACCAGGAGAAGCAGGUCCAUACACUAAGACCGAAGGUCUACUCAGUUAUCCAGAAGUAUGCGCUAAGCUCAUCAACCCCAAUCAUCAAAAGGGCAUGCGCCCACACCUGAGAAAGGUUACUGAUCCCAGCAAACGUUUUGAAGUGAGCUUAACCAAGGAGAGUGACAUAUCUAAUACAUUUGGAACAUACGCAUUCCGUCUUCCGGAUGAUAAUGGAGAGGCGGGUACCUGGGUUAGCUAUGAAGAUCCUGACACUGCUGCUAUGAAGGCUCAAUUCGUGAAAUCAAAGGGUCUUGGUGGAAUAUCACUUGUCGAUUUGUCAAUGGAUGACUUCCGUGGUCUAUGUACCGGCGAUAAGUAUCCUAUCUUGCGUGCUGCUAAAUACCACCUGUAGAUUUAUGAGUGACUACUACAACAAUUAUUCACUUUAUUUUGAUUUAUUCAAAGCUCAUUAAAAUCGUAGUCAUAUUUAAAAAGUAUAACAAAAUAAUACGUCACGCUAAUUCGUCAUGAACUUUUGUGAUUUUGAAAUAUCAAGACGUGAGUCAUCAUCCCACUGGAUGGGUAACAGUUUUAUAUUUGUUAACCGUUUUAGACUUAAUUUUCAAUGGUAAGUUUUUGAAUGGCUUUGAUAUAAUUUUGUUUGGUUUUUAUAGAUUUUGCUAUUUGUCAUAUAUAGGUCGUUUAGUUUUGUACCCUACCACGGGCUCUAAACUGACGAUUAAUUAGCGUUUUGUCAUUAUAAUAACCUUCAUGUUUUACGUUUUGACAAUGUAAUAAUCUUCAAGUUUUACGCUUUGACAAUGUAAUAAUUUUCAAGUUUUAUGUUUUGACAAUGUAACGCUCAAGUUUUAUGUUUUGACAAUGUAAUGUUCAAGUUUUAUGUUUUGACAAUGUAAUAGACCUAAGGGUAGGUGCAUAUCUGACGAAAGAUGCAUCUCAUAUCGUUGGUCGGGGAACGUCAGUGAACGUGAUUUGACAUUAAUCUUGAACACUCGACGGGAGUUCUCUACUGUACUAGCUCAUACUUCCGUGAGACGCUUGUCGGAUUUACCGUUAGAUCUGCAUCGACGCUAUGGUUUUACAAUAUAAUAAUUUUAAGGCUUAACUAAUUAAACUAAUAAGCAAUAUAUAAGCGCAACGCCAGUUCAGUGAAAAUAGCAUUCUGAAUACAAAAUUGUUCAAAUAUAAUAUAACUAAACAAUUUUAUAUCAAAUGAAGAGACUUAAUUGAUACGGUCGAUAGGAUAUUUUUUUUUUCUGAAUAUAAUAUUAUGUAAUAAAGCAUGCCCUAUAAAGAUUGGUUUCAUUUAUUUAUUUUCUUAGAAUGUAUACUUAUAAUCAGUAGAUUUUUUCGAAGUUAUUUUAUCGAUUUUUCGAUAUCCCUGGCCGUUUGUAAGUGUCGCCAUCUCUGACGGUCCGGUUACAAUGUCAUAGUUCUGG